AUGAUUAUUUAUAUAAAUUUCACAAAUCAAAGUAAUGAAAAUUUAACUCUUCCGUUGACUCAAGGCUCACUUAUUGCAUAUAAAGAUAACUAUGUUAUUGAAGGCAGCGAUGAUAAACAGGAUAUAUAUGAAUCAGAAUUGGCAUAUUUGCAUAAAAUUUUAGAUAAGACCAAGGAGCUUUUAGAAGAAUCUCAUAGCAAGCCAAAAAGACAUUUGUGGUUGAAAAAUGUUCAACCAAAUUUUAAAUUACUGGAAAAGAUGAACGAUGAUAUUUUAUUAUUAAAUAACCGAAGAACGAUGCCAAAAACAUAG